AUGUGGCGGGCAUUCCUCUUGACUGUUUUGUUCGCCCAUUCAACUACGGCGGCAACAACAUCUCUGGAUACUGCCAUCCAAAACAGCCCUGAAUUCAUAGGAUGGCAGAUUGAUGGCACAAAAACUUCGGCACAUGUGAUUCCAUCCAGCGUAUCCGCAACAUGGACAACAAAAUUUGGGCAUGGAUUCCGCUGUCCAAAGUCAUUAUCCUCGUGCGACGAAUACGAGUAUCCCGUCAACUGCGAGAACAACAUUCUGACAUACGUGUCCGGUGGUGUAAGGCAUUGUGCUACGACUUGGUCAACCUACACUACGCAUUACUCGUGUGGUACCAUCACAAUCCUCGGAUCUGAUACAUUGAAAGACCCCCCAGCGACCUCAAUCGGUUGCGUUCUCAAUUGGAGCGCAUGGACUCUUUACCGAGCGCUGCCGACUCCGACCGAUAGUUCGGCGAGCACGAGUUCGACGAGCGCAAGUACGGCUUCGAGUGCUCUAUCCACACCUUCAAUCACCCCUCCUCCGCAGGUCAGCACAACUAUGUUCUCGCGGUCCAGUACAACGAGCUCGCCGACAGGCACCCCUCCACCAGCAGACCCGGAGCCUAAAAGUAAGGCAUGGAUAGCAGGCGCCGUUGUCGGUCCCGUUGCCGGUAUAGCCCUACUUGCAGGUCUUGCGUGGUUCAUCUAUCGCCAAAAGCGUAGACGAAGCGACGCCAAGCGGCCGAAUGAAAGAUUCUCGGGGAACCCUCUUCUAGAAUCCCUUGGGACCCCUCCGCUGGAAAUGCCGACGGACCGCAGUCGUCAUGAAAUGGCAAGCAAUCCGGCCGCGCAAAAGCUCGAUCCCCGUCAUUUCAAAGGAGCGGCGAUACCUCCCGAGCAGACUGCAUCGGGGACGGCCAUGACCCAUGAGCUGGACGCGACCUCGCUCAGGUAG